AUGGCUGCUGUAUCGACGAUGACGGGCCCGUUUCCCCACGUCACCUUGGUGACCGUGGAGCGCCAGAUGAGACGGGAAGUUCAAUAUUCAUCUCGAAGGCGAUCGACAACUAUGCUGUCGAGCGUGAGUCUGUGCAUGCUCCUUUUCUACUCAUCUCUUUCCAUGGGAGCAAUGGCGGCUGCACCAACAGUGUCCGCGCAAUGUGUGCCCGGUGAACCUCAGACUACAUGUACGUGCGAGGGCACCUCUGGUCGUGCUGUCACAGACUCAGCGUCCGUCAUUCUCUCCCAAAAUCAAAAUGAACUUGAGAUGGUCUGCGCGAAAGACCUGCAAUGUGCACCGAAAGAACUCAGUGGCAAGGUCUGUGAAGCAAACGACGAGGCACUGACGGAGUGCAGUGUGGAACUCAGCACGCUUUUCGCUGGCAAGUCGAGUGAAAUAAGCUGGACGAAGCCUAAGAAAAGGAACGGACUUCAGGGCGAGUCUAAGAUCUUGACGGUCCCUCCAGAGAACUUCCCAUUCGUAGAUGAACGAUUUGCUGUGGGUUGCAUGGAUGAGAGUACAAAAAAAUGCAAAGUCACUGUGACCGUGGAGGCCAGACCGAGCGUGACACAGGGACAGACCGUGACCUGUGCGUACGGCGCCGGUAGUAACGACUUGCGUCAAGCCGUCAAGCUGAGCCCGACGCAGAACAGCUUCACUCUGGUGUGUGGAGACAAGGGAGAAGUGCUGCCGAAGAACUACAACGAGGCAUUCUGCUCUUCAGGAUUGACGGGGAAUGAGGAAACCUGCAAGGGAAGUUACACGUCGAUUCUCCCUGGCUAUGAAGCGAACUGGUGGAAUAAGGAUGAUACUAAGCAUUCAGUCACCCUGUCGAUUCCUACGGACCAGUUUCCGGCGGAGGAAGCGAAGAUUGUGGUCGGCUGCCAGAAGACGGCAUCGAGCAGCAAGCGAACUCCAGUUGCUGUCUUGAGACCGACUGUGUGCAACGUGGACGUGACGAUUGAGGCCAGCUCGCCGGCCGCCUUGUCGUCAAUGCUUACAUCUGUACCCAGUUUAGUUGCGGGCGCGACUAUGGUGACAGCUUUUUCUCAGCGUGUGUGA